UCCUGGUACCAAUUCCUCUCUACGAAUUGAAAUCUCAACAAAUUUCGAUUCCAAUCUUCACAGAUUUCUGAUUUCUUCCACUUCAUCUGGUUUCUCUGCAUCGCUGCUUACAUACUUCGUAAGCUAAACAUCAACCUUUUAACCAUAUUUCGGUUCUCGUCGAGAAGUUGCACUUGAUUGAGAUGAUGUUGAUGAGGGCUUAGGGUUUUCUUAUGAAGAGGAUGAGACGGUUUCAUCAAUUGAAUAGAUUAAGCGGCGUAUAUGUUACGCUUGAUAACUGUAUAUCAACAGGUUAAGUUAGGAUUUUGUUUAUAUUGGAGUUUCGUCAUUCGUGGAUCGGAGAUUUUUCUUUUUGCGGUGGAAUGGACAAACAUGGAUUUGUGGUAGUAUUAUUGUUCUUGUUUAUGAUUGGUUCGGGUCGGUCUAAUGCCUUGAAUUCUCGUAAAUUAGUGACGACCCCGGAUCCAAAUGGCAGCUCUAAUGCAAAUCAGGAUACUCCAUUGUCUUCUCCGCCACCUGAUGAGAAGAAACAAAACCCCUCUCCUGUUACGAAGCCAAAGGAUGCUCCAACGACAAAUUCCUCAGAUGAUGAAUCUAAGGGCAUGAAUGAUGCUAACACCAAGGCAAGUUCUGAAAAUUCUAGCGAUAAGACACAAGAUAAGGGGAAGAGUCAUGAUGGGAAAGAGAAAGUGGAAAACCAAACGCAGUUGAAAACAUUUGCCAGCAAAUAUUGCAAGGGGAAUCCGUUUUGCAGUGACCAGGAAAAAACCAUGAUCGCAUGUAUUCAAGAUAUUGAAAAUGGUACCAACAAGCUGACACUUCUUGUGCGAAAUGAACGAGAUAAACCCUUGAAAGUGAAUGUCACUUUGGGGACAUCUGUGAACAAAUAUUUGCCAGCUUUUGAUAUACCCGGUCAUGGGACUGAAAAGGUUAAUAUUACAUUCUCUGGAGACAAAAGCACCAAAGUUAUUUUAAAUGCUGGAAAUGGGGAUUGUGAACUUCGGAUUGAUGGACCUAAGACUCUGGCCGUCGACGAUGCUUCAAAAAUUGAAAAUGGUGACAAUACUUCAAAGCCAAAAGACGUCGAAAAUCCUGCGGACAGUCCUGUGAAGCCCAAAGAUAAAGACAGUCCUGCAAAACUCAAAGAUGUCGAUCUUGCAAAAUCCAAAGAAGCCGAAGAUAUAGGAAAGCCCAAAACUGUCGACAGCCCUGCCAAGGACAAGGAUGCCGACGAUGCCGCCAAGACCAAGGAUGCUGACGAUGCUGCCAAGACCAAGGCCAAGGACGAUGAUGAUGCAGCCAAGGGCAAGGCCAAGGAUGAUGACAAUGAAGCAAAUGGCAAGGCCAAGAACAAAAACGAUGCCGCGAAGUCCAAGGACGCCGAUGAUGCCACUAAGGCCAAGGACAACGACAAUGGUGCCACGGCAAAGGACGUGGACGAUGCCGGCAAGGCCAAGGACGUGGACGAUGCCGGCAAGGCCAAGGACGUGGACGAUGCCGCCAAGGUCAAGGAUGUGGACGAUGCUGCCAAGGUCAAGGAUGAAGAAGAUGCUGCCAAGUUGAAAGGUAAGGUCCCUCCUCCCAAGACCGAAAGUGUGGAUCCCCCUCCCAAGAGUAUCGGCGUGGAAACUCCUAUAUCUCAAAACAACCUUCUCGACCAGUUAUCCUUCUAUUCAAAGCAAGUGACACCUAUCUACGGAGCCUACUUCACUUUUCUUGUAGCUCUAGUUAUCGGAGGGUCGUGGGCCAUGUGCAGCUUCAGGAAGCGGAGAACCAAUGGCGGAGUUCCAUACCAGGAGCUCGAGAUGGGACUCCCAGAAUCCUCAAAUGCCAUCGAUGUGGAAACAGCCGAGGGUUGGGAUCAAGAUUGGGAUGAUGACGAUUGGGAUGAAGAUAAAGCCAUACGAUCACCGGGUGCUAGAAUGAUCUCGUCUAACGGACUUAUGUCACGAGCUACGAAAAAAGACGGUUGGGAUGCAGAUUGGGAGAAUUAGAUUGCAGAAAAAUAAGGAUAGAUAGAAAAAGAUGGUGUAUGAUAGAAG